CAGGCAUCGAUAGUCAACAACAACAGUGACAGCUGUUCGCCUGAAAAACUCCAAAUUAAAUAAAAUUAAUUAGUUAAUUGCCUAAAACCUGCGGCAAGUUUACCGUAGAACAAGUAUAGCAAUUGGAACACAUCUCAGCUAGUCCUGGAGCGUAUGUGGCCACCAUGCAGCUGCUGGACUAGAGGGAUUACCUAAUCAGACGAAUGCACCGGACUGAUUGCAUUUUCUUGGCACUCAUUUCCACGGACAGAUAUAACACGCUAUGCUCUUUGCGCGUAGGCGGCAUUUCUUCAAGAGUACGCAUCCGGUCAGAAUCAUUCGAAUCCGUUGACUCCCGAUCGAAUCGAACCAAAACCAAACCAUAUCUUAAUUCCCAUAAGCAUUAGAUCGAAAGUGACCAAAACAAUGAGUGGGCUUCAUAGUACUAUAAACACAAUUUGCUAUGCUACAAUCAUUCCCGGAACGAUCUUCAUUAGUUGGCUAAUUGGGCUGGUGGGCCUGCGCUGCCUGCAAGUAUGCCUGCUUUUCUUCAUACUGGUAUUGGUGGUGCUGCCUCUGGUUUUCCGCUAUUCGGUGACGCUCCAGCGAGGAAUCCUCUUCCUCACAUUCAUUACCUACCCAAAGGGCCUCGACCUCACCAAUCCCGCCGGCAUCGGACUCUACGCGACACGGAACUUCUACAUAACCGUCAAGGAAAAUGACUCGGACGAGGAUGGCGUGCGCAUCGGAGUGUGGCACGUGCUCCCGAGGAACGCGGUUCGCCGCUUCAAGAGGGAGCUGCAAGUGGAGGAGGCCUUCGACCAGGACAUCGCACCAGAUGAGCGCAGGGACGACGACUACGAGCAAGAGCUAAGGCUCAUGGCUCCGGCCAUUAAGUCCGAGUUCCCCUCGAUCGUACCCGAGAACGAGCAGCUUUUCUACGAGCGUCUACUGCGGAUGCCCGGCGGGACAGUCGUUAUCUACUUGCACGGCAACACGGCCACCCGGGGCAGCGGCCACCGCUCGGAGGUGUACAAGCUGCUGCGAAACCUCAACUACCAUGUGUUGUCCUUCGACUACCGCGGGUACGCCGACUCUGAUCCCGUCUCGCCCACGGAGGAGGGCGUGGUAAGGGACGCCAUGAUGGUGUACGAGUACAUAGCGAAUGUGACCUCCAACCCGGUUAUCAUCUGGGGUCACUCUCUAGGCACGGGCGUGGCCACGCACAUGUGCGCCAGGCUGGCCCAUUUGAAGGAGCGGGCGCCGCGCGCCGUCAUCCUAGAGAGCCCGUUCACCAACAUCCGGGACGAGAUCCGGCUGCACCCCUUCUCAAGGAUAUUCAAGCACCUGCCCUGGUUCGACUUUGCCAUCUCGCGACCCAUGUACAGCAACCGGCUACGCUUCGAAUCGGACAUUCACGUGCACGAGUUUCCGCAGCCGAUUAUGAUUAUCCACGCCGAGGACGACGUGGUUGUGCCCUUCCACCUGGGCUACCAGCUGUAUCGCAUCGCUCUAGACAGCCGUAGCCGAGCGUGGGGACCCGUGGAGUUCCACCGCUUUGACCGCAGCAAGCGGUACGGCCACAAGUAUCUGUGCCGGGCCCCCGAGCUACCCGGUCUGGUGCAGCAUUUCGUGGAGAACUAUCGCAAGGCCGUUUACUAGACUCGACCCUCCAUUCUAUUUAUUUUAAUUACUAUACACAAUUUAGUCUUAACUUAGUUUUCUACCGCCACCAUGUUCCAAAUUCUUCACCUUGUACAAGCAAAUUAAACGAGCUAUUUGGAUAGAAACAAGAAUAACUAACUUUAAAGUGUCCGCCAUUUAUCUAGAGUGAGCAGAGGCACGGGCAAGGGAUUUCCCCCA